CGACAACGACGCACUUGUUCCUGGCCGCGUUGCCAAGGUCAACGUGCGAAAAUGGCACGGCAUGGUACGCAAUAGCGUGCGCAGGGCUCAUUUUAUCUGUCCUUGUUUGUACUUUUGACAAAGGGCAUCAGGUCACGGCGCAGCGAUAAGCUCGGCGAAUAAGCCACUGCGCUCUUGUGCGAGCGUAGGAUUCGCCCCUGAAGACACCGCCAUGCCGGAUCAUGAAACAGGACGGGUGCACCGUUUUCGCGACCACGACGUCGCCGGCGUCAACUGGCGGCCGACGCGGUUCGUCGACAAGGUGCCGAAUACACGUGCAUGCGGCCUCUGCCGAAUGAUCCCUAAACGGACGAUGCUGCUGCCAUGCGCGCACGCUCUGUGCCAAUCUUGCCACGCAGCCAGUUGCGAAGGGGACGUUGGACAGUGCCCAUUGGAUCAAGAGCCAUUCGAAGUUGCGGACUGCUUCACUUAUGAAUUCCCUACCAAGAAAUUGAACACCUUGAAGGUACAUUGCUGGAACGAAGCGCACGGCUGCGAGUGCACGGGCACCAUGGACCGUAUGCUGGAGCACUACGACAAGGAAUGCGCAUUUCACAUCGUGGAAUGUUUGCGAUGCGGUGAGGGAGUCCGGCACAGCGACCUGCCAACGCACUACGUGGCCGGAUGCACUGCCGCUCUUUCUUCCGCGAUCACAGAGUACCCGUGCUCGCAGCAUACAGCACUAACCAUUGAAGACGUGAGUGCUGCUCUUGAAGACUUCAAGGCAAUGUUGGGGGACGCCAACCACGACCAGCUGCAUCCAGUGAUUCAGAGUCAGUUGAACGAGCUUACAGAACAGGUCAGAAACCAGGAAGCCAGGUUCGCUGAGAUCACUCGUCAGGUCGGAGCAUGCGAGCACAAUUUGAAGCGCGAGGUGGCUGAAAUAGCCGCCAUGAUUACAUCGACCGCGUCGCACCAGCAGACGAUUCAGCAAAAUUCGGCGGAGAAAGCCAGUACGUCAUCGACGCUGUCGUUGCGCUCAGAAAAGGUGCUGAUACUUCGAAAGUUGGAACACUUGGCGGACCAAUCACGCGAUCUUCUGGAACACUUGCGGCAAACUUCCCCGCAGCCUGAUUCCAGCCGUGUCAUUGCACACUGUGUGCCUUGGGACGUUGACAUGCGGCAUUUAACCAGUACGCUGUUAACGACACCUGCACGGAUUAAAGCAGUUGGGCGCGCGAGUUACUUUCUGACCCUGGAAAACUGUGACGACAUCAUUCACCGGGAAGGAGGCCCGGGAACGUUUGCUCAGGUUACGGUGUUGCACAUGAGGGACACGUACUUUACGCUUGGCGUCUGGAAGCGCAACUGCGGUUCUACUUGUGAUCUCGUUGUGGAUAUCGUGUUUGACGGGAUACUUGAGGACUCUAAGUGUGUGCCGUCUAUUUGGCGCGUGAAGGUGUUGCAUAGUGAAGGAAAGCAAAGCCGUUUGUUGACUUCCAUUCGCGAGCAUUGUUACUGCAAGGACGAUGACUACUCAUACGUGCACUUUCACCUGGAAUUCAGCAUAGGCAUUGGUUCGCUGAAAAAUGGUUUCCUUCGAAACGGAAAGAUGGAGUUCAGUAUCGAACUCGACGAUGAUAAAAUGAACGGAGGAGUCACAGGAGUAUCUUAAUGUUAGCCAUCACUGAAUGUGUAUUGCACUGCUGAAUCUUGCUUGCCACUUCCCAUGUGUGUGACAUGAGCUUAGCGAAGUUUUGAUGUCCUUUCACCUAAAUAAAAUUAGCGCUGCGAAAUUUCUUUUUUUUUCAAAAAUUUUUUAAUGGUUUGUAACUGUCAACAUUUUCUUUUAAAACUUCACUGGCAGUUCAUUUGGUUAUUUAUUCACGGUGUUCCUACAGUUUGUGUCCCUCAUUAUUGUGCACCUUUUGUGCUGCUCCUGAGGUUUGUAACCUGAUGGCGUCCACCUCGAUACUCUUCUCGCUAUUGAAGUCGUGCGGCUUCAAUAGAAAGAAGGUGACGCUCCUGUUUGACACUACGCGGGGGCACUGUGCGUUGCACUUGCAGUGUCCUUUAUUGCGUAAUGAAGCACACAGAAGAGGGUGAGGAUCAUGACUGUGUUGAAACGGGGGCGUUUGAGAGCAAGGUGACUUCACGCUCCGCUUGCGAGCUUCACGCACCGCGUACGACUACGAAACUGUGCCGAGAUGUUCAUAGCAGCGUAUGCUACCCACGGACUAUGCCAUUUCACCAAGCUCGAGGGGUGGCUCAGGGCCCCUUUAACUUACCUCUUCUCAGAACAUGAUCGCUUUUUUUUUAGUGGCACGAGCAGCGGGUGACACUUUCUUAAGCAGCGACUUCCGGUCGACCAUCGACUUCCGGUUUGUGCGUAAUUAAAAAAAAAACUCUUCUCAAUUCAAAAUAAAUCUUGCAGUAAACAUUGUAAGAAAUCGAUAGUUGAACGUUUAUGAUAGAUAUGACAUGAGAGCAUAAGUUUAGUUCCAAAUUGCGUUGUGACAAGAAUGAUUAGGGAAGAAGUAGAAAUUACUAAUUGCAGUACACCGAAGCUCGGUGGUUUGGUGUGAGUGGUGGUUUCCCGCCAGUUCCGUUCGCUCCCGCCUCCGAUUUCGGUUUCCCGCGCGUUUCGUUCGCCGUGGAAGUAUAGACGACGAGGACGCCGGGCCAAGCGUUGAGUACCGUACAGUUUCCGACGACGAGGAUGCCGCGCCAGUAUAGUGCAUUGUAGUUUACAUCGUUUAUAUCAAGAAUUCACCAGCAUAUUCGGUGUCUGUGUUGUACGUCACUUUAAUAACACAAAGUUAACACAAGGAAUACACCAAGCUACAUCAGCGCCUAGGUGCGAGUGCCACUUUCCAGACACCUAAGUCAAGGAGGAUUAUGGUCGCCUCCAGCUUUUCUUAAUGUGGUAGAUUUCCCCUUACACAUUCUCACGUACUUUUUUUUUCUUUAGAGUACCUUUAGUGAACACUCACGUGAUGAAAAUUAAUCCGAGGACCUCCUCCCUCUCCCAUCCCCCCUUUCAACUGCUUCUGUCAAAGCCCGAGAGAUGUGAUUCGUUCGGUUAAAACUUAUCGUCAGAAAGGGCCCCUCGCACCUCUCGGAAAUUUCGUGUUUACUCUGGACGUAGUACGGUGCUGUUUAAGGAUCACUCACCCCGAGAUUUUUUUUUUUUUUUGCAAAUUGGUUCGUUAAUAGCGGAGAGAAGGGAAAUUGAAUCGUCACGAUACCAUGCUGCCAGGAGGCGAGCUUCCCUGAAUAAAGAUACACACUUCCUUU